UGUGUGUGUGUGUGUGUGUGUGUGUGCGUGCGUGCGUACCGGAGUCAGUGUCAUGGCGGCCAGCAUCAUGUCGGCUCGUUGUCCAGCGUCUCUUCUGUGUCUCUACGUCUUCGCUUGUUUCCUUCAGGUUCUCAUCCAAGGACAAGUGUUUCAGCUUCCUCGGAGGCAGGACGUGUUCCUGCGGUCCAGACGGGCCAACCUGUUCCUAGUGGAAGAGAUCCUGCAGGGGAACCUGGAGCGCGAGUGUUACGAGGAGACGUGCAGCUGGGAAGAAGCACGCGAGUACUUCGAGGACACCAAGAAGACGAUGGAAUUCUGGACCGUUUAUGUCGAUGGCGAUCAGUGCGAUCCCGACCCCUGCCUCCAUGGAGGAAACUGCACCGACAGAGUGGGCGGGUUCAACUGCUCCUGCCCCGCCUCCCACUACGGCCCCGUCUGUGAACUGGAAGUUCUGGGAGACAGAGGACAGCCGCCCGUAGCGCCACAGUUCAGAGAGUUUGCAGAGUGUCCGACCGACGGCCCGACGGCGUGUCACCAGCUGUGCACGGCAUCCUACUACUCCUUCACCUGCUCCUGCAUGCCGGGAUUCAAACUGCAGAUGGAUGGGCGGAGCUGCCUUCCUGAGGUCAUGUUUCCCUGUGGGCAACUUCCUGACCAGGUCAACACGUCGGCGUCUGCGUGGCCCUGGCAGGUGUCCCUGCUGGACAGCAGAGGAGCGGAGCUUUGUGACGGUGUGGUGCUUGGUCGACGCUCCGUCCUGACCGCCGCCCGCUGCCUCGUCCAGGACUCGGCAUCCAACCUCCGACCCUCCAACUUCGCCGUGGUCGCCGGUGACGACAACAAGAUGGUGGUCGUCCCCGUGCGGGCGCUGUACAUCCAUGAACGUUUCCGUGCAGGUCACCACGACAACGACCUCGCCCUCCUUGAGCUGACCCGCCCCUUGCCCUUUAGUUCCACCCUCAUCCACCUCUGCCUGCCCACCAAGGACUUCUGUGAAAACAUCCUGAUGCAUUCUGGGACGAGGGGCGUGGCUGGGGGGCGGGGCGUCGGUCGGACUCAGGAGCUGGUCUACAUGACGCUGGACGAGUGCCGCCGUCAGCUCAAUGUGUCACAUCCACUCAGCAACAAAAUGUUCUGCAUGAGGAGACACGAUGGAGCCGAGCCAGCCCAGGGGAGCCCGAAUGGAGCUGCAGGGAAACAAAAUGGCACCUGGGGGACGCCAAACGGAGCCCAAGGGACGCCAAACGGAGCUGAAAACUACGACAGCAGCAGGACAAAGGUUCAGAAGUCCUCAGAAGACCAGUUGAGGUCAGAGGUCAGCCGCUGUGGCGGCCUGUUGCCGGGGACUCCAGUUGCCACAGUCGAGCAUGGGACGGCGUUUCUGACGGGCUUGCUGAUGUCACGGUCCUCGGGCUGCGAGGACGGUGGUGGCAGCGGUCUGGUGUUUACCAAAGUGUCCCGUUACCUGGGCUGGAUCAAACCAAGGCUAGAGGAAGCCGAGAAUCACAUGACCCCGCAAGUCAAACAGUACCCUGAGAACCGCUGACCGCCGCUGCCGCCGCUGUCAUCGCCGCCAUCUUUCAAACUGUUUCAAAGUCACUCAAAACCUGCUGGUGUCUGUGUCCAUCUGUCCUUCUGUCACGUGGCUCUUCCUGUCUUAUUUUAGUAAACAUUUUUUCUUCAAUAAAAUGAAAAUGAUCAGAAA